UUUACCAAUGCGCUUAUCUAAUCUUUGUCUUUGCAUAUUAGUACUUCUCCAUCUGAAAUGUAAGAUAAGUUUCAGUACCAGUCAGAAUAAAUUCACUACCAGUCGUUCCCACCAGCUGACUGAAGAGGUGAAGCCAUGGCACCAACACUGUUUGACAAAGAGCCAAAGCCAGGGGACCUUAUCGAAAUCUCUCGGGGGGCAUAUACACACUGGGCUGUCUACAUUGGAGGAAAUGAAGUUGUUCAUUUACUGCCUCCGACACAUCCAGGUGGUGAGUUGGGAUCCUUCGGUGAGCUGCUGACGUUACUAGACAGCGGUAAGGCGCAGGUGAGGCGUCAGAAGAUCUGGGAAGUUGUCGGCUCCAGCAAAUUUGAGGUCAAUAAUCUUCUGGAUGAUGAGUACAGUCCUCGUGAGCCUCACGUCAUUGUGAGGGAUGCCUGCAGGAUGGUCGGUCGAGAGCUGCCUUACUGUAUCACUACUCAGAAUUGUGAACACUUUGUCACAGAGCUACGUUAUGGAAAGCCAGAGUCCCGCCAGGUUCAAACAGCAGCUGUGAUUGGAGGUGUCGCUGUGGCAGGUGUAGCCGCUGCAAUUUUGGGUGCGGCGCUGUUUUCCUCCUUCAACAAAGACGAAAACAAAAGAAGAAGAAAUUAUAAGUGAUUGCAGUGAUUGAUAUCAUUGAUAUCAGUGAAAAGGAAGGAGCUAGUUUGUUGGUGUAACAAGGUCAGCAGAAACAAUAAGACAACUUCAAAUAGGUUGACGAGAGUUGAGUUGUAAAAAAAAAAAGUAAGUGAAGAUAUGCCUCGACUUAUCGUGUUUUUACUGUGUUCUGUUGACAAGAAGUAAAUGAUAAUGCAGUAAAAGCUGUGAUGGAAGUUUUCAGUUUACAGCCACAAUAUUAAAACCGCUGCUAGGUGAAGUGAAUAAUAAAGUUAGCACCAUUAAAGUGAUCAGUGUUGCUGCUGAAACUUUGGGCCCUCACUUUGACAUGUGCACCCAGCUCUUCUGGAGUCUAUACUUCAAGAGGUCAGAGGUGUUUUGGCCUUGUAAGAACCUUAAAAAAAGAUUUUUUUAAUGUUCGUAGUGAUUGAUGUAUGUAUCUAGAUUUUGCCAAAAAAGAAAAAAAGCAUGGAUGAUUAAAUGUAGACACAAAUAGUUAUGACGUUAGAUAUCUAAUGUACGAGAUACUUUUUUCUUCUUUUUUUUUUACAGUAGCAAUCAUGAGAGAGCAUAAUGUUGAAAAGGCAAACAGAAGCAGGAAACCACUGAGCAAUCCUUUUCUGAAGGCUUAGUUAUGAGCUUAAAGGGUGUUUAUCCCCCCAGUGGCUGUGCAAACAGUGUGCUGCAACACAAGCUUUCACUGUUCAUAUUUUGACCCUUUUACAGAUGAGGCAGGUGGACCAAAUGAUGAGUCACACCAGACCAUGUGAUCACUGCUGGUUAUGGGUUUUUUUACGAUCAGCGUGAGGAAUUCUAGGAUUGAAUAUAUUUGUGGAAUUGUGGGUAUUUUAGCACAUUGCAGAUGGUUUUAAAAAGCUUGAAUUUUGACUUUUCCUCAAGGUAAACAUUGAGAUCGAUGUACUGCCUAAAUACUAAAUAAAGAUUUGGAAAUUUGAAA